AUACCGCUGGCAUUAUUCAGUAGUUAGUUUAAAUUUGUCAGCGGCACAUUGUUCGGACGUGGUCUAGUAUAAAAUCGAAAUAGUAUAACUUCGUGUUUGGAAUCACAAAGCAUAACCGAAAUGAUUACGCUAUCAAUACUGUUAGCCCUAGUGUUGGGCCUGAUAGGCUACAUAGCCUAUUCCAUGCGCCAAAGUUUAAGCUAUUGGCAGCAAUUAGGAAUACCAUGCGAAGAACCAGAUUCCAAAAGUGGCAAUAUAACCGGUUUGGGCAGUACCCGCAGCUUUGCUGACAUUUGGUUACACACAUAUAAGAAAUUCAAAGGCACCGGACCUUUUUGUGGAUUCUAUUGGGGACGUGGUGCCAAUGUCUUUGUCCUAACACCAGAGUUGGCCAAGUUGGUGUUAAUAAAAGAUUUUAAUAAAUUCACAGAUCGUGGAUUCUACACCAAUGUUAAGCACGAUCCGCUGUCUGGACAACUCUUCUUGCUGGAUGGUCAUAAAUGGCGCAGCAUGCGCUCAAAGCUUUCGCCAACAUUCACCUCCGGCAAAAUGAAGUUGAUGUAUCCGGUGAUUGUGCGCGUCGGUGAGGAACUGGCAAAUAUGUUUGCGAAAAUGCAAAAGGAGGAUCCAGUGAUUGAGGUGAAAGAGCUGUUGGCACGCUUCACUACCGAUGUGAUUGGUACGUGUGCUUUCGGCAUUGAGUGCAACAGCUUGAAGGAUCCCAAUUCGGAGUUCCGUGUAAUGGGUCGCAAGGCCCUAACCGAUGUGCGCUUUGGACCGUAUGCGCGCUUUUUCGUCAACACAUUCCCCAACUUGGCAAGAUUUCUGCGCGUAAAGAUGGUUCCCGAUCACAUUACUGAUUUCUAUAUGCGCAUUGUGCGCGAGAAUAUCGAAUAUCGUGAAAAGAAUAACAUCCGACGUAAUGACUUCUUCGAUAUGUUGUUGGAUUUGAAGAAUAACAAGUUGAUGAAAUCCGAAGAUGGUCAGAGUAUGAGCAUCACUGUAGAGGAAUUGGCAGCGCAGGCGUACGUGUUCCUGAUUGCCGGUUUUGAAACUUCAUCGACCACACUGUCCUUUGCGCUCUACGAAUUGGCGCAACAUCAGGAUGUGCAAGACCGCGCACGCCAGGAAAUCAACGAAGUGCUCGAGCGCUAUGACGGACAGUUCACCUACGAGUGUAUGAGCGAAAUGGUAUACUUGAACCAAAUCAUAUCGGAGACCUUACGUUUGUAUACGGUGCUGCCAGUGUUGAAUCGCAAGAGCUUGGUAGACUACCCGGUGCCCGGGCAUCCGAAGUAUAUGAUUAAGAAGAAUAUGAAGGUACUGAUACCUGUGGGCGCUAUGCAUCGCGAUCCAGAUCUAUAUCCCAACCCAGAUGACUUCAACCCCGAUAAUUUCGCACCGGAGAAGGUGGCCAAACGCGACUGCAUUGAGUUCUUAGCCUUCGGCGAGGGUCCACGCAACUGCAUUGGCAUGCGCUUCGGACAGAUGCAAGUGCGUGUCGGUUUGGCGUAUUUGCUGAAGAACUUCAAGUUUAGCGUGUGCGACAAAACACCCAUACCGAUGCAAUACAAUUUAGCUAGCUACCUCGUCAGUUCCAAAUCUGGCAUUUACCUGCGUGUGGACAAAGUUUGAUUGUUUUAGAUUUAGAUUUAAGUAUUGCCUUGGCUACCUCAAUUGACUCACCUUUUGAGAAAAUAUAUUUUUAUUAUAUAAAUGUCUAUGUAUUUAUAACAGUGAUUGGAAAUAAUAAACCGUGUGGAAUUAGCGGAGAAGAAA